AUGAAUCUCGCUCUCCCUUUGAAUUUUUUCACCCAACUCGGAUGUGGCUUCGUUCUUUUCACAUGUCUCUCUCGCUUUCUCAAUUUUCUCGGCAUGGUUUUGAUGCUGGGUUUCUGUUUCAAGAUUCUUCAAUUCGGUUGGCGUUUUAAGGGUACACUGCGUUUCCUCUGUGAUUUUGGAGGCAUGCCCAGGAUUCGUAUCUGUUUGGAGAACAUGAUUUGGGAAGUUUCUAAGCCAAAGGUUCCAUCUUUGGAGAAUGGGUCUGACCCGAAUACGAAUUCUGUGAUCAGCAAGAGCUCUAAUGUUGCUGGAGAGAAAAUGAGAGAUACUUCGGAGAAUGGGUCGGAAGGAAAAGACGAGAGUGAAUGGGAGGUUGGGGAUGUGGAUGAGGUGUUUGAUGUGAAGACUCUGAGAAAGUUGAUAAAGUUUGAGCGCAAGAAAGCCAAUGCUGCUUUUGCGGAACUUGACCAGGAACGAACAGCUGCUUCUUCAUCGGCGGAUGAGGCAAUGUGGAUGAUUGUCCGGCUUCAGAAUGAGAAGAGCUCGGCUGAAAUUGAAGCUAAUCAGUUUCGCAGAAUGGCUGAGCAGAGAUUAGAGUAUGAUGAUGAAGUGAUUGAGUCUUUGCAAUGGACGAUCUCACGGCAUGAAUCUCAUAGGAGUGUGUUGGAAACGCAGUUGAGGGUUUAUAGGGAAGAGCUCUAUCAACAUCUUGAGAAGGAUGAUAUAGAACAACUUGAAGCCAGUCUUAGUAGGGUUAAGAGUUUUGAGAAAGAAGCUGUUGAUUCCCGGAUAGAACAACAUGAAACCAAUGUUAGUAGGGGCAAGAGUUUUGAGAAUGAAGGUGUCGAUUCCGGGAUAGAACAACUUGAAGCCGAAUUUAGUAGGGAUAAGAGUUUUGAGAACAAAGCUGUUGAUUCUGGGAUAGAACAACCUGAAGCCCAAGUUAGUAGGGGUAAGAGUUUUGAGAAUGAAGCUGUUGAUUCCGAGAUAGAACAACUUGAAGCCGGAGUUAAUAGCGAUAAGAGUUUUGAGAACGAAGCUCUUGAUUCUGGGAUAGAACAACUUGAAGCCCAAGUUAGUAGGGGUAAGAGUUUUGAGAAUGAAGCUGUUGAUUCUGGGAUAGAACAAAUUGAAGCCAAUGUUAGUAGGGGUAGGAGUUUUGAGAAUGAAGCAGUUGAUUCUGUAGUUAGCACUUCUGAAACUGGAUCACAUAGCUUGUAA